CGAGGACGCAGAAGUUCAACUUCAUCACACGUGGUCGUCCAUCAAGAUCACGUGCACCAAUUUUUGGGUCGAUCACAAAUUAUCUCGCGCAUCCAUCUCUUCCAUCUCACCCUCACCCUUUCCUCCUCCCCCAAGGCCGCCGGGAGUCGCAAUGGAUCAAAAUUUCGCGCAUGGCCUCCACCAGCUUCUUCUACAAGCUACUGGGCAGCAGAACCCCGACACCAGCCUCAUCAAAGCCGCCACUGCCCAGCUGAACACCCAGUACUUCAAAAAUGAGGCGUGCAUCCCCGCCCUUGCCCAGAUCCUCGCAAGUUCGACUGAUCAGGCGGUGCGCCAACUUGCGGCUGUCGAGUUGAGGAAGCGUAUCAUCAACAACGAUGGCGCCAUGUGGCUGCUCGUCCCGUCCGCCCAGCGCGAUGAGAUCAAGCAGAAGAUGUUGGAAAUCGUCGGCACGGAGACCAACAAGCCCGUCCGGCACCAGGCCGCUCGUGCUACGGCAGGCAUUGCCAGCAUCGAGGUCGCCCAGUACGGCCAGCUAUUCCCCUUCGUAAUGAACUCGUGCGCGCCGACCUCGCCUGCCCAUUUGCGCGAGACCGGUGCCUUCCUCCUCUACUCCGUCCUGGACUCCGUCGAUGUGUACGCUAUCAAGGGCGACUUGAUCGCUCAGCUCUACGGUCUCCUCGACCAGAUGUUGGUCGACCCCGAGAACGCCGAAGUGCGCGUCCUGGCCGUCAGGAUACUGGGUGUCCUCGCGCAGUACCUCGACGUCGAUGAGAAGGAGGAGAUGGCCCACUUCCAAACCCUCCUCCCCAAGAUGUUGCAGGUCAUCGGCCAGGCCGUUGAGAGUGGCGACGAUUCGGUCGCGCGUCAGCUUUUCGAUACCCUGGAGACACUUCUUAUUCUGGAAGUGCCCCUCCUCACCCCCAUCAUACCCGACCUCGUUAAAUUCCUCCUCACGUGCGGUGCUGACCGCAAAUACGAACCUGAGGUCCGUGCCUUGGCGUUGAACGCGCUCAACUGGUGCAUCCAGUACAAAAAGUCGAAGAUACAAAGCUACGGCCUUGGGCCGGCCAUCAUGGAGGGUCUCAUGAUUAUCACGACUGAAGACGAGCCUGAGGACUCCGAUGAGGAGUCGCCAUCGAGGUCUGCUCUCCGCAUCAUCGACUCACUAUCUACGAACCUUCCUCCUUCUCAAGUCUACCCUGCCCUGCGCGAGCAGAUGGCCAAGUACUUGAGCUCGCCCGACCCGGCGUACCGCAAGGGUGCUCUCAUGGCCCUCGGUGUUGCCGUUGAGGGCUGCAGUGACUACAUGAGUUCCAACAACCACAUGGAGGAGAUCUGGCCUGCUGUCGAGCUCGGUCUUCGGGAUGAAAACCCGAAGGUUCGCAAGGCUGCCUGCAUCGCCGUCAGCUGCCUUUGCCAGUGGCUCGAGGACAACUGCAUCGAGAAGCAUGCUGUACUCGUCCCGGCCAUGAUGAACCUCAUCAAUGACCCGGAGACCCAGGCUGCGGCAUGCACUGCGCUCGACUCCCUCCUCGAGAUCUUGACGAGCGUCAUCGAUCAGUACCUCCCGCUCAUCAUGGAGCGUCUCGCCGGCCUUCUUACCGCCCCGAAUGUCCCGGGCCGCGUCAAGUCUGUCGUUACCGGUGCCAUCGGCAGCGCCGCCCACGCCGCGAAGGAGCGCUUCCUGCCCUACUUCGAUGGCACCAUGGGUCAGCUGCGCCAAUUCGCCAGCCUCGGCAGCCAGGCCGUCGCCCUCGGUGCGCACAGCGUCGACACGAUCGACGCCGGCGACCUCGAGCUGCGCGGUAUCGCGAUGGACGCGAUCGGUACGAUCGCGGAGGCCGUAGGCAAGGAGAAGUUCCGCCCGUGGUUCCCGGAGAUGAUGCAGCGUGCGGUGGAGGGCGCGCAGAUGCUGAACGGCGCCGCCGGAGGCCGCAACAGCUUGAGGGAAUGCAGCUUCCUGUUCUUCGGCGUCAUGGCGCGUGUCUUCGGCGAGGAGUUCGCGCAGUACCUUGAGGGCACGGUCAAGAUGCUUCUCGAGAGCUUGUCGCAGGACGAGUCGGCGCUUGACGUCGAGGAGGGUACCGUUUCUGUCGCCGAUGCUGCCAACGCUUUCAACGCGGGUACCUCUCCUUCGACUGCCAUUUCCGUGUCUGACGGCAUGGGUGGCGAGGAGGAGACGGACAUUAAGGACCUCGAGAAGCUUCUCGAGACCAACAGCGCCGUCGCGAUCGAGAAGGAAAUCGCCGCCGACUCCAUCGGCACGCUCUUUGCCGCGACUCGCGGUCACUUCCUGCCCUAUGUCGAGCAGUGCACCAUGGAGCUCACGGAGCUCUGCAACCACUACUACGAGGGUGUGCGCAAAAGCGCUGUCGACAGCCUGCUGGAGAUUGUCCGCACGUUCUUCGAUAUCAGCCAGGAGAGCCCCGAGAGCUCUGCAGCGCAGCACACGAAGGACCUCGUCAAGCACAUUAUGCCGCAGCUGAUCGAGAUGUUCGAGAGCGAGGAUAACAAAUCUGUUGCAUCUGGCCUUUGCGUCGCGCUCGCCGAGACCAUCAACAAGAUGGGCGAGUUCUUCAUCGAGGGCUAUGAAGAGCAGCUCUGCAAGAUAGCCAUUGUCAUCCUCGAGCAGAAGGCGUACUGCCAGACCGAUCCGGACCAGGAUGAGUCUGAGGAGGCGCCCGAGGACUCUGCUGAGCUCGAGGGUGUCCUCAUCGGCUCCGCCUGCGAUCUCGCCUCCUCCAUGGCUAUCGCUCUCGGCGAGAAGUUCCAGGCUGCCUUCCAGACGUUCUUCCCUCUCAUCUCGAAGUACUACAAGAAGACGCGGUCGUUGACCGAGCGCUCGUCUGCGAUCGGCUGCCUGUCUGAGAUCAUUGGCGGCAUGGAGGGCUCUAUCACGCCUUUCACAGAGCCUCUCAUGGACCUCUUCCACCGGGCCCUGCACGACAGUGAGCCGGAGGUCCAGGGCAACGCGGCGUUUGCGACUGGCUUGUUGGUGCAGCACUCCCAGAUGGACCUCUCUGCCCAGGUCGUGCCCAUCCUUGCCGCCCUCCGCCCUCUCUUUGACUCUCCGUCGGACGCUCCUGCGCCGCGGCUGCAUGCGCGCGAUAACGCCGCUGGUGCCGUCGGUCGCAUGAUCUCUCGCAACACCGCUGCCGUGCCCCUCGACCAGGUCCUGCCCGUCUGGAUCCAGUCGCUGCCCCUCAAGAACGACUUCCAGGAGAACGCGCCCGUCUACCGCGCGCUCUUCCACCUCUUCCGCACGAACAGCGCUGCGCUGCAGCCGUACCUCGACCACCUCCUCCAGGUCUUCGCAUAUGUGCUGGACCCGGAGCGCACUGGCGAGCACCUCACGGAAGAUGUGCGCUCUGAUAUGCUGCAGCUCAUCAAGGCCCUCAACGCCGAGAUCCCUGACAAGGUGCAGGCUGCGGGUCUGGGUGCCUUCGCAUGAGCGGUGUUCUCGGUCGUCUUCUAUAUUCCUCAUCUUAUGCUCUGCUCGCUUUCUGUAAUGUCUGCCUGUUGUUGUUCUCAUACUCAUGUUUAUGUGAUGGAUACGUACAUUUCUGUUCUUUUAGUAGCUACAUCUCACUCUCACUAUCCACAUUCCGCGGCUAUGGUUGUAGACUGUCUUGUUUAGUAGACACAUCCGAGUAAUCAAGGGCGUAGUUGCGGA